CGCCCACAGCACAGCAACUACAGGCGUGCGCCAUCAAAGCAGACCAGGAAUAAAAGGUCUGACAAGAUGGCUCGCGCCGCCAACAAGAAAGCCGCCAGAAACACGGCUGCCUCGAACAAGGACCCGAAACCGCAACCUCCUUCUACCUCAGGGCCUCCGUCACCAUUUCAAUAUGCGCCCGGCUCUCUACAACCCUUUUUCUCCACACUGCCCACCGACCAUAUGUACCUCGUCCACAUCGACAACACGCCGGUGAGCCUGAAAAAGCGAGUCUUCGUCGUCCCUGUCCUCCUCAAUCUACUCAUCACGCUUGGUCUCUGUGUCCGCGUCUACUAUGCUGCACCGAUAUAUUUUCAACAGGUCAUCACGAUCUUUGGAUAUGAUACCGCCUACACGGUCGACACGCAGACGGCUGGGGCAAGCGAGCUCAUCAAUACCCUCAGUUCUCGGACGUUCCUGCUGAUGAUCGACUACUUCAUCUUUGCCUUCAUUGGUAACUGGCCGAAGGAGUUCAUGUUCGGGGGCAAAGUGUCUAGAUUUGUCGGACCACGGCAAUGGAGGACGACGUUGGGCUUCAGGGAUACCGAAAUCAUUGUCCGCAGAGGACGAAUAUGGGACACACCACUUCUCACACCAGAGGUUCCGGACGGAGUCAAGACAUGGAAGGUGGAUGAAGAGUUGACCAUCAAGGUCAAGAUUGACCCUGCGAUGCGAGCAGACUAUCUGGCAAAGACGGGCUACCUGUUGCUGGACAAGGACUGGGAUCUCGAUUUCAAGGCCAUGCUCGAUGCUCAUAAACUGGUGGACAGAGGUACAAUCCAGUUGAAAGAUCUGGAAAGCCUGGCGCUGGUAUACUAUCAGAAGACUUGGCUGAUAUGGCGGGUACAUGAGACUGCAGUGGUCGAGGUGGAACCUGGGCCACAGGACAGUGCACUGGAGAAAUUCAGAGGCCAACUCACCGACCUUGGGGCUGAGGAUGUCUUCUUCCGGUGGAUAGAAAUUGUCCAGUAUGAGACUUCGCAGCCAGGCGGUUUCACCGAAGGAAGGCAGGCUGAAGCACUGCGGGAAUUGAAGCGUCUUCUAUCCAAGAAAGGCGUUGACUAUGCACAGUUCUGGUCGAACAUAGGUGGUCAAGCCGGAUUACCGGGUUUCGAUACAUAAAAUUGAAAUAAUGUCAUGUCAAAGCACGUGCUCAUCGACAAGGCUAU